UAAUUGUUGUGAGCUUCAGUUAUGCAACGGUGGAGAACAUUCGGAGAGAAAGAGAGACGGUGAUCGGAGAGAAGGAGAGGAUGGGAACGAGAGAAGUAUACGAAGAGAAGCUUCGGCGUGGGAAUCUUGAUUAUGAUCCGACUAUGAAUCCUGGUCUUGGUUCAGCUCGCUGUCCUCGUUGCCUUUCUCUCUUAAACCCUAAUUCCGAGAAAGGAGAGUGGACGAUUACUCCCGUUUUGCACGAUGCUGCUGCAGUGGCUGGUUCUGGUAUUGGUGGCUUGCUUAGUGCCGUCCAUGCUUUCAAUACAGGGAUCCCCUAUCUUCAAAAUCGGUUUCCAGGGUCAAAGCGGCUCUCUUUUCUUGUGGGGGUUCCAUUGCUGCUAGUAUAUUCAGGUGUAGGGGCUGCGUUUGGAGGUUAUGCUCUUCCGAAGUUUGCACAGCUGACAGUCACCUCGUAUUAUGCAUCUUCAAGUGCUUCACAUUAUGGAAUUUCUAUGCUCACACGCCGUAUCGAAGAAGCUCAUCUCUCUCGAACUCAACAAGAAGAGGCUGAGUUUGCACCGUUUCGCCCUUCCCCCGUAAAAUAGACAGCGACUGUCCUGUUCCGCGACUAAAGACUUAAGGCCUUGGGCGUAUGGACUUCAUUCAAAGUAUCUUGUAUGGAGGCAGUAAGAAAGAAAACAUGGCCAUGUGCGGCUGAUUCUAGCUAAGUUUUUUUCUUUUCCUUUCUUUUCAAGUCCAUUUGUAUUGAUGAUCAUAGUAUAUGGGUAGAGAAAUGAACUAGUAAAUAUGGUAAACAGCUUGUCGUUGAUGAUUCUCUUUGAAUUGGCCAAAAAAGGUUUGAAAAGAAACUAAAGAAGAAAGCUUUUGAGGAAAAGCUUUAGCUUUAGGUUCUGUGUGUUUGAGAAAGAUGUGAAAGCUCUCUUUGGCUAA